AUGACUUCUGCCAAGCCGGAGAUGGCCACUCCUUCUCCAAAGAAAGUCGAUCGUCGAACCUCAAUGCAGGAGCUUACUCAAGAAGAAAUCAGAAAAAAGCAGGCUGCCGAUCAGAUCUUCAAUGGCAAAAAACACAGGCGUGAAAGCUCAGCAAGCAAGAUAUUCAUUGGAGAUCACUUAGGACUACUUCAUGAAGAAAGUAGCAUAAAUACAAUUCUUAAUACGUUCGAUCCUCCCGAAGAAUUAUUCUUUGCUGACCACUGUACGAGGCUAACAAAUCGUAAUCAUAUGGAAGAUUGCGGUUUUAUUAUAACUACAAAUCAUAUUUGCAUAACAAACACAAGAUUAAACGCUUAUAUAAUUCCCGAGCCUGUAGAGAUCAAAAACAUUGAAUUCAUUUCUACAUCUCUUGAAACAGAUAAUGCUGUUGUAAUUCACUUGCCUGAUUACAAUUCUGAGCUUGUCAUGAGUUCUAAUAAAAUUGAAUUGAUGAAAGUACUUAUGGAAAGGUAUAGAUCAAUUGCAGCAAAGGAUUUAGAAAUCAAAUUUAAUAACGUUAUUGAAUUUGAUGUUGAUAAUGAUACAAUAUUCGAAUUUAAUUUUGUACGCGCUAGUGAUGGUGUUCGUAUGACUUUGUUUAUCAAAGCAAAGCCUGGAGCACCUGCGAUACCUCCACCUUCACAUUAA